AUACGCCUCUGUAUCGCAGCACCUCACUGGCUUCGUGUACCGUAACAUGUAUCGUAUGGUACCUAGUACUUAUUCAUUUAACCUAGCUAAAAUUGCUUUCUUAAAGAAGUUCAAAUGGAAAAGAGUCGCUAUUAUCCAUGGCUACGAUGACAAAGUGUUUUCACCUACUGUAAGACAUCUCCAGACCCUUUUAGACAAGAACAACAUCUCUACCAUAGCCGUUGAAGGUUUCCAAGAGUUCCUCGACGAUGUCGAUCUCAGAUUUCAGAUUGCAAAGUUUAAGUCUCUCGAUGCUCGUAUCAUCAUUGGAGAAUUCUCCGACCAGGGAGCAAAACACGUCUUUUGCGAGGUCUAUAAACAAAAGUUAUAUGGUCCUAAGUACGUGUGGUUUUUGUUUGGUUUAUUGAGUCCUCACAUCGCGAUUAAAUUGCGUUCUGAGGAGUUUCGUAAACUGACAUGCACUAGAGAACAGUUAAAAGAGGUCAUCCAAGGGAUGUUUGGCAUACGAUCAGUUCAACUGAGAACUGACAACGUCACAACUUACUCUGGACUGAAUGCAGACGAAUACCUGGAACUGAUGAAGGAAAGAGCCCCUUAUGUAAAGAACUCAAACAUUUCUACAUAUGCCUUCGAUUCGGUGUUCAUGGCUGCAAGAGCGUUUUCGAGAGUCUCCAAGACUAGCACUCCAGCAGAUAACUUCACUUACAAGUCACGCAGUCACCUUAAAGCCUURAACAAGAUACUGAUGGCAGAUAGUUUUGAAGGAGUCUCGGGACCAUUACGAUUCAAUAAGAAGAAAGACCGAUUUGGUACAGUCUCCAUCUCACAAAUUCAUAACGAGAGCUGGAAGUUGAUUGGACAACACUUCACAUUCGAUGAUAAGCUUGAACUGGAUGAUGCCUCAAGUAUAUGGCCUGGUGGUCAUGUCCCCAAGGAUCAAAUGAUACGAAAAGAGAAACUUCUCAUGAACGACAUUACUCUAAUCGUCGUGAUUUGGCUUCUGGCCAUCAUUGGMAUUCUACUCUCGCUUGCGUUUUUAUAUUUCAACAUUGCUUAUCGGGACAACAGGCUGAUAAAGAUGUCUUCUCCGCAACUUAACAACCUCAUCAUCCUUGGUUGCCUUCUUUGUUACGUAUCAACAAUUUUGUUCGGUCUUGACGCUCGAUUUCUUUCCUUUUACACUUACGGAUUUAACUGCAACGCUCGUACGGCYGUAAUGUCMAUAGGSUUCUCUCUUGCGUUUGGCGCAAUGUUCAGCAAGACUUGGCGAGUCCAUAAGAUCUUCACAGCCGCAAAAACGCUAAAAAAGAUGGUAAAGAUGGCUAUCAAGGAUAUUCACUUGUUUGGUAUUGUUGCUGUUCUGGUUGUCAUCGAUACUUUUUAUCUGUCACUCUGGUUCGGUUACGAUCCACUGAAAGCCACAAAACUAAACUUCACUCUUCAGGAAGAAACMAUCAAUGACGUCAUCUAUGUCCCAGUCCUCUACCAAUGCACGUGCCAGUAUAAGACAUACUUUAUUGCCGCYAUGUACGCCUACAAAGGGAUUCUUCUCUUGUUUGGACUNUUCCUGGCAUGGGAAACACGCAACGUGACAAUUCCCGCCUUGAACGACUCCAAGUACAUUGGGAUGUCUGUGUACAAUGUUGUCACGCUAUCUCUAAUAGGUGCCAUUGUCACGACAGCCUUGGAUAACACAAUCCACUACGAAGCGCCAUAUGCUAUAUCGUCACUCUGUCUGAUAAUUUGUACGACCGCUACGUUACUUCUUGUAUUUGUGCCAAAGGUGUACWGUUUUAUAUUGGGAUCCGAAGAACAAACAUUUAACACGACGACAAUAAACAAUGGCGUCUCUUCCAUGGGACGAAGUCACGGUAGUCACGCAUUCCGAUUUGAAUCSGAGAGCAGUGCGAAGCCAAAGCAUUUCUCCACUAAGGGAGUUCAAACGAACCAUCAAGAGCUUACUGCAAGUUCAGGAAAGGAAAAUGAAAAUAUGGGUAGUACUAAAAGCAACCUGAACCAAGGCUUUGAUGUAAACAUGGACGACAUAGAAAUAAAUGAUAAUGUUAAUAUUCCCGAAACUCGCUACGACCAAGAAGUGACCGAGAAUGGACUGGUGACGUUUAUGCUGACUGACAUGUGAAAAGGAGGUGGACUGGAACGAGUGUCGAUGACAUCACUUCCGGACAAGUCACGUGACGAUAGAAAGAUUGUCAUGUGUGUAAAUCUAAACUGCAUAAUCAAGAAACCAACACAACCCUGACUGCCUAUCAAGACGUAUGCAAUCAAUAUGGCAGCAUCCCCUAUCACUUAACACAAUAUAUUAGUAAGUGUUUUCCUUGCUGUCUGGUUGUAUAAUCAAUGGUAAAUUUGAAAAUAGAGCCACCUUCGACUGACUGGGGCGAUGAUGUCACUUCUAGUCACUGAUUCACAUCUAGCAGCACAUCUUCCAGAAACUACUUUCUCACGUGAAAUAGAGUAACUUAAAUGUAUGUCAGAGAAAGAUGUCACCUAGAGCAAUUGUCACUUCCAUGGUAGCUGGUUUGGUAGGCUAGUGGUGGAGCACACAUCACACUACUGAUUUGAGCUACACUUACAAUGUUAGCAAGAACACCACUAGCAUGAAGAUCAACAAUUCACAAAGGCAACUUCAUAGUCUUCUUGCAUUGAACACAGCUGUGCUAUUGCACUGAAAGAGGGGUAUCAAGUAUGUUUGGUCUCACAAGGAUUGCAUUGUUCUCCUCUGUGGCUGUUUCCUGAAAAAUACAGGUUUCCGAGGAGACUGCUAAUUAAGGCCUAGAUAACAAGACUUCCUAUUUAUCAAAGCUUCCAUAUUCACUUUCAAAGUUUUAUUCAAACAUUACCUGAUUAAAGCUGGGAGUAUUCUGAAGGGGCAUCCCAGUGAGAUAUUGCACUCCAUUAAAUGACAACCCUUCUCAUGUAAAUAUCAAAGCUGUGCAUGGAAAGGGAUUUUGCUGUGAUGUAAAUAUGUAAUGAACAAGCAAAUUCUAUAAAUAACCAUAAAUCAAGUUACUACAACAACAAACAUCUUUGUUGAAAUGAAAACUUGACACUCAAACUUAGACAACUAACAUAUCCAGGUAAAAAAAUGUUACAACAUGGCAAAACACCAAAAUAAAGAUAUAUAAUAAAUAYGUCUCCCAGCUGCAAAGAAGACACCAAACUACAGCAACAUAUAACUUCAGGUAUUAACCUUUAUCAGAAAAAAGAAUGGGUAUGCUGAAUAAUCAUAAUGGACUUAUAACUCAGGCUUCAAUGCACAACUUCAAAAACGUUUUGUUAUUCAACAAUGGUUUCAAAAUAAUGAGAAAUAAAUAGAAAAUAUUGCUAACUAUAUACUAUAGCAAAAUAAAGAGCUAUUGCAAACUGAAA